CCCCCAUCUCUCUCCCUCUCUCCCUCUCUCGAGCGGGAAAUAGAUAACGAAAAGAAAAGAAAAAAGCACUUUCUCUCUCUCUCUCUCCUCAGCUGAACAACCUUAUUUCCGAAGCUCUCUCCUUCACUUUGUUUUGUUUUUCAACUGUCCCUCUCUCUCUCUCUCUCUCUCUCUCCAAACAACAUGUAGACCGAUCUUCUAGCUUCCAUCCUUUUCUUCGUAUUCAACGUCGUUUUGGUCCUUCUUCUCUCUUGCUUAAUUGGUAAUUAACAAGGUAAACAAAACCAUAUGGCGGUGGCGCUUGAGGGCUUCUCGAUCCGACAGUAUGCCGCGAAGAUGAGGACUGUCGACGUGGUCAAGUGCUGGCCCUUCGGCAAAGACGACUCGGAGGAAGAUAUCCAUGCCUUUCUUCCCCCGAUCACUGUCGCCAACUUCCGCUGGUGGUCCCACGAGCUCCAUGCCUUCAAUUCCAAUCAAAUCCACCAAGGAGGAGUACGAUUUUCAACAAAUGAGACUGAAUUUGGCGCUCACAAGGCUCAUCUGCUCCAGAAAUCCGAUGCGGAGGACGAGAAAUUUGACAUGGUUUGCCCGGUUUGCCGGGCCUUCACAGCGGCCACGGUGAAUGCGGUUAAUUCCCAUGUUGAUAGCUGCCUCGCUCAGUCUUCGCAUAAGGAGUUGCGGCGACAAAUGAAGAAGCUGGCGAUGAAGGCAAAGACCACGAAGCUACCCAAGAAGAGGUCGAUUGCGGAGAUUUUCGCGGUGGCGCCGCAGAUCGAAGCAGUAGAUGUUGACGAUGAUCAAAAUGUGGAUGAAGAUAGCAGUGGAGAAGAAGACAAGUUUGGCAGUUGCAAGGUGUGGAGUGGGGCUAAUCAUGUGGUUUCAACAAUCAAGGGGAGGAAGAACACAAACAAGAAGAUGAGGAUGAAGAAGAAAAAGAAGAAGAAGAAGAACAAGAAGAAGAGAAGGGUUUUGGAAGAGAAAGGUAUGGCAACAAUUGUGAGCAAGUUGAAGAAGAACAAGAAGAAGUUGAAGAAGAAGGCUGUGAAAGAUGGGUCACUUGCAAACAAGGAGGGUUUGCAUAAGCUCAAACUGCCACCUCCAGCUGAUUUCGCUAGAAAACUGAAUGGUUCAUCAUGUACUAAGAGGUUUCCAUUAGCCAUCUUGGAUACUGCUUCUAUGCAAGGAAAGAAACCAAGUCUAAAAUGCUUAUCUAUGCAAAAGAAGCUCAAAGUUGUUCAAACAUCCAAAUUAAUUGCAAAGCACCAGAAGCCAGUGUUUCCUGUUCGCAGCAUUCUCAAAAACCAUAAAAAAGUUAUUCCUAGGCUGAACUCUGCAAUUUGCAAAUUGCAAUGUAAUCAAGUAAAUCAUUCUGGUAUCCAAAGGCCUGACAGGCAUGUGAGGUUCUCAGGUAAGGAUGACAUACUUGGUCCAAGGAAGAAAAAUAUCUCAGAUGCCUUCGAGCACAGCAGUGGUGACCAAUUUUCAGAUGCUUUUGCUACUUUAUCAGAGGACCAGUCCACUGAACGUGAUAAAGAAGUUUCCCCUAUGGAGGUAGAUGGAACUGAUAAUGAUGUUUUUGUUAGUACAGAUAGUGGAACUGAGGUUCAACCUAUAGCCAGGAAGAAACAGUUGCUCAAUACGGGUGAUCAUAUUGAUAUACCAUGUCUUCUGAGGCCACAUGUUACCUUUCAAGAUAAAACAAAGCAUUUUCCAGAGAAAUCAGUUUCUCUAAGUCAAGUUGCAAUUCAUGAUGAUCAAAUGCAUAUGUUUAAUCAAGGCCAUUCAACUAUGUCAUGUAAACCCGCAUCUGUUGGCAUCCCUAGACUUAUUUCUGCACUUGAAGAAAGGCAUAAUCCUUGUGUAAAUGCUCAAGUAGGUGGUAAUGUUAUUAGAGCUUUCAAUGAGAGUGGAAAGCUGAUUGAUCAUUUUGUGGAUUCUAUCCAUGGCGUUUCUGCAAUCAGUUCAAUAGCCGACAAAAGGGCAUCAUCGCAGCCAUCAUCAUCUUGUUUUGUUUUAGAUGAAAAUGCGAACAGGAGGCUGUCAUUUCUGUCUCAAUCUGCCACAGAUAAUUUUAGUGGAAGUACGUUACAUCACCAACCAUUUUGUCAUGUGUCUCCGAUAGAGUUGAUGAAUAGCAUAUGUCAGUCUCCAGAGCGGACGCAAAAAGCAGUUUCCUUCAGAGAAAAUUGCAUGGAUGACGGAUUUUUUGGUUUGCCUCUCAACUCACAAGGUGAGUUAAUCCAGUUUAGUUCAAGUGGGAAAGGUGGGUUUGACCAGCACUGGCUGCCAAGUACAAUAACUGGCUCUUCCAGUAGCUUGCCUGUGCAUAAUCUUGUCCUGCCACAAAGUACUGGGGAUUAUUUAAGUGUGAAGAAGAGGCAUUUUGUCGAGAGAGAACAUCCAACAGAUCCAUUAAACUUGUUUCCUGUGCAGAAUUAUGUUACAGAGAACCCUAAAGUACAUUUGCCAGCUAGGUUAGGUGUCACUGAAUUAGAAGGUACUGGAAGAUCAGAUGUUCAGUGGCUUAAUUCUGAGAGGGGGAGCAACCACUCUGCCCGCCAGAUUGAUUCGGAGAUGAGCCUGUCUGAUACCUCUUUCACUGGAUACAGACAAUAUAACCAGGUGCAGAACCCAAAUACUAACGCGAUUUUUCAUUCUAAAGACAGUUCAGAUAAAAUCUUGCUAAAUUCUAACCAAACAACAAUGCGUUUGAUGGGUAAAGAUGUAGCAGUUGGUAGAAGUAGCAAAGAGAUGCAAGGAUUUGAGGAUGGAAAGGUCUGGACUGAUAAGGAGAUCAUUACAGAUGAUUGUCCUACAAGUACUGCCAUGGACAAUUCAUCCAUGGAGAGAAAUUUUCUGCAGGAUUGGAUGUUACAACCUGCAUCAGUAAAAUCAAAUGACACUGUAGGUCAGUCAUUAGGAAUUCAGUGCAAUCACAUGUCACGGAGCAACUUACUGUUGAAAGCUUCAGAGUCUAGGUUUUCUAACCCAUUCUCCAAUUGGCAAACUAAUGUUGUGCAUCGAAAUGGCAGCCUUACCAUCAACAAAAACCCAGGUGAUAAUGUGCAUUCUUUUGUUCAUUCAUCUGCUUCCCCGGCAAUGUUUGGUGGUGCACCCAGCCUCCAGGAACCCUUUAUGUCUAGAGCUGAAGAUCUAAGAGUCGGUUCUCAGUUACCACUGCUUUCUGGCCCUCACAUUACCUGUCAUCAUAUGCCUUGGAAUCCUGUUGAGCUUAAAAACAAGCAGAAUCUACCUCAUGCUGCAAAAUCGGCCUUUAACUUUCCAUUCUUGCAUCCAGAUUGUAGAGACAGUGUUCAAACCUCUUGGUUUCAGGGAUCCCCAAAGAGCCUGCCCCCUUGGUUGUUACAUGCACAACAGGACAAACCACUAAUUGCGUCCUCUCAACCUUUUUCUGAUGUGGGUGGUAGAUAUCUUCCCCAUAUUAUCUCUGGAACUAAUUGUUUUCCUUCUCCACUUGUGAAUCAUUUACCAGUUUCUUAUCCCUACAAUCCCAUGAACUCUCAAUCAUACAUCAAGAAUACGCUCUCUCCAGCACCUAUACUUCACCCUCCACCUGUUCCUGCCAUUCCUGGAGUUAAUUCAGCUUCCAACAAGGGCUAUAGGAACAGAAUUAAGUUCAAAGAUACUGUGAAAUCAAAAGCUUUUGGUAUCAAAGUGCCUGAUCCUUGCAAGAAACCCAAGAGGCCUGCGGCUAAAGCAGAUUGUUUAACAAAGCCCACCAGGAUAUCUAAUUUAGAAAUGCAAAAAGAUUUAAGUGCUGUGAUGGGGUUAAGGAGAGAAAACUGCGGUGUGGACGUUCAAUGUAAUGCAGGAGGUGUUGAAUUCGAUCCCAGCAGGGAUAAAGGAAUCAUGUUAGAAUGUUGCCCAAAUCAGAAUCAAAAGGACGUGCUUCAAAGUUCAAGUGGCAUUGAUUCCUCUCAAGUGGAUAAUUCGGCAAGAUUAGGUCCUAUUAAACUAAGUGCAGGAGCAAAACACAUCCUGAAACCUAGUCAAGCUACAGAUCAGGAUAACUCUAGGCUAAUCCAUUCAACCCUCCCGUUUGCUAUGGAAAAAAAUUGUGCUAGUGUACCAGAAUCUCAGAAGAAGCUAACAAAGAUUUACAGGUUUUAGAAGACUGCCUCCUGGCUGAGAAGAUACAACCUAGAGGCUAGUUCUUCAUGUUUAACUACUCUUGCGUUGCUAAAUUCAAAGAAAGAAUAGUAUCAAUUCCAGGUAUUAGCUCCGAUCCAACCGGUUGAAUGAUGUAAUCAUGGCUUGGAAUUCUACUCGGCAAAGAUCAGUUGCUAGAUUAUGUUUUUGAUGUUUGUUUUUUCAAUCGUGUAUUCUCCAGACGGCUAUAGUAAUGGUGGUUAUGACGCUUCUGUCAUGGCUUACUAUGCAACGUACGUACAUGCUUCUUUUUCUUUUUUCCGAAAAAAGGAAAAUUGACUCUCUGUUCGUGAAGAUAUUGUAGUGAUAAUUAUUUCUUGAAUGUUGAAUGUGUGAAUUGAAAAACGUUUUGCUGAUCUGAUGCUAAUUUUGUGAAA